AUGGCGUUGACUCUGUUAAGUCAGUUUCUCUUAGGAUUCGCAUUUUACGUUGUCUUCGUCCAGCUGCCACAACGCUUUCAGGGAGUGAACUUUACAAGCGCGGAGCGUGCCGGUAUCCUUCUGUUGCCUGCUACCGUUGUGACUCCGAUUGGUGCUAUGGCGUCCGGACUAGCAGUAAAGAAGGCACCAGUUGAGACUGUUUUGAUUGGGUCGACCGCGAUCGUAUGCGUUGGUAUUGGACUUCUUAGUAGUUUGCCGACCUACUCUCACCUGUGGCCUGGACUGUACGGUUACGAAAUUAUUGCUGGUCUUGCUUUGGGUCUUGCAAGUCCGCCAUACUUCGUGCUUGUCGCUACCUCAAUUCCAGAAGAGGACAUCGCUGUCGGUACCGGAGCGCUCAACAUGGUGCGGACGCUUGGCGGAUGUGUCGCCGUCGCCAUCUGCUCUGCAAUCCAUCGCGAGCAAUUGAACACAGGGUUGUCCAGUUUUUUGAGUCGCGAGGAAAUCAGGGAGAUGCAAAGUUCGACAUCGUUGAUUGCGCACUUACCGGAUGUGGCGAGGGAUCGUGUUGGUGUCAUCUUUGGUAACAGCUACAAUAGACAGUUCCAAGUCAUGCUGGCGUUCACAGGACUCAAUGUCAUCGUCGCGGUCAUUUUAGCCAUCGUCCGAAAGCGAUCCGGGCUAUUCGGCCUCAUACCUGAAAGGAAAGAAGGGAAUGAGUAUGUGGAGGCUAAAAUCGACCAGAGCGGGCCCGCAUCGAGUGGAGCGCUGGCUCAAGAUACUUGUGAGAAACAGGCUUCUGAUAUCGCGGCUACACACAGACCGGAUGAUAACGCGGGCGCGUGCCUUGGAAAACGAUCAUGA